GUAUAAGAUAGCCGUGAAAUAUGCUGAUCAGUUUACCUGACUGAACAUCGAGUGAAAAGAAAAGCGUUUAUAGACAGUUGCAUUUUACUGAGAGACUAUAAUAUAGGCUAAUACCGCCCAUUCAUUAUGUAUAACUUGACAACAAUAAUUGUAUGAAUUGCAGAAUAUGAUUCGAAUACAUUAACCGCACAGACAGAUAUAAGGACACUCCUGUCAUAAAUAUUGGGUGCAGGGAUGAAUAUUUAUAUCCAAACCAUGCCUUCAUUCCUUAGUUUGUCUAAUUGAUCUGAACCAAAAAUCAUGUCGACGACAUCCACCGAUGCCCCGAGUUAUAACUCAACCCGCGUCCAGAGAGCUUAUCGUAUUAACAACAUAGAAAAUGCUCGACUCCAGGGACGACUUCAUUUACUAGAAAAGGAAAAGCUCCAUAAAAUUCGUAUGACAAAUCAAGACAUUAGACUUAUAUCGUUAACUUUGGAAUAUAUUCAGUCGAGCAGUGGCAGGAGUUCGGAAGGACGUGCUCCUGAAAUUAUACCUGUGGAAAAGAAAGACGACCAAGGACCAUGCUUCCUCUACGGUGAAAGGGUUCUGAGCAGGAAAGUUCGUCGAUUUCAAAGACCACAAUCAGCUUUUGACCGAUCAGGCGAUCGUAGAGACAGUGAAAGUUCUUCCGGUUCAUCAACACAGGUUCGUCCUCAGAGUAGCCCAGCAAAACGAAAACCAACAAUUUCUUGGAAUUUUUCAAGUAGAGAUAACGCUGAAACAAGUUCUGAGGGGGAAUCUGAAACGGAAUCGGAGCACACUCGCCAUGCUUGGGAGGAUGAUACAACGGAAGUCACCAAGAGGAUUCUCCGAGCCCAAGAAGGACAGCCAGUUGUUAGAGUAGCUCUUCACGAACAACAGAUUGGACAUUUACGUGGCCAGAGAGAUACGUCUAAAGCCAAAGCUGUGUCCUUGCACGAAUCGAUGGAAAAAUCGAAGGUUCUCGGAAGACACGGCUCGGCACCUUCAAUGACAAGUAGAAAACGCUCAUCUUCACUCGGUAGAAAUGCCAAUUUGGAUGAAAUAUUGAAUCAGAGACGUCCUACCCUCAGUGCCUCGACCUGGCGAUCUCAUUUAUCCCACAAUGACUCUUCGCCGGUAUCUUUUGAUGUUCGUAGUCAAAGCAUACGAAAUGAGAAACUGAAACUGAACAAUAAACGACAGCAGUUAAUUCAGAAGAAAUUAAAUGGUUUUAAAGAAAAGUACCCGUUUAGACAAUGAUGCCGUGUUUGACAGAUCGUGUAACGAAACCAUAUCCGUUAUUAGUUUUCAAAAUAUUGCUAAACUUAUUGUCAAAUGACACGCACAAUUCUCUUAUGGUUUUAUAUUUGAUUCUGAAUUGUCAUUUAGCUAUUAAUUAUCAACGUAGAAGAAACCCUUGUUCUUAUAGUGCUUGAAUAUGGUCAGAGAAUGGCCUCCAAAAAUGUGAAAUACAACAUUUCUAAGCACUGGGAGCAAAGAACGGUCCUCAUUUAAAAAUGAGGUGAAUUUUUGGGAAAUUUGAAUUCAAUAGUCCUAGAAUGCAAUUAGUGCUAUAUUUGUCACAAAACUGUUUCGUAUUUGACAUGUCGGGUUUUUUGCAAUAUUAAACAGACCUGCUUUAAAAAUGUAACAAAAUUAUAGAGAGUAUUACUUUCGAUUUGACUUUCCAGUUCCAUUGAUGGGGUGUGUGUAUGUGUGUUAAAAUUAGAUUGUAUACACAAUUUAAGACACAUCUGUCAUUCAACACUUAUAUACUGACGUUUUAUUUUUCAAUUUACGAGGAAAGUAUGGUUUAUAUUUCAUGAUAAAAUUCUUCCCCCUAGGAUUACACACGUGACUUUAUAAAAAAAUAACUAACGGCUAGUCUCAAAAGAUUGUGUUGACGAGACAAUUGUCUGUCUCACUAAAUAUUAUUAGGCCUACAGAGUACCAUAUUUCACAAUAUUACUUGCAAGAAUUUUGUGGUGUAACUAAGGGUCCAAGCAAAUCCCGACACUGAUACUGCAUUUUGAAACACCAAUCAAUAUUCUAUAUAAGACAGAGAUAACAAAAUGAAAUAUAAUAUAAAACGUAUUUAAUGUAUUCAUUCUGUUUAAUAUCCUCAAAUGACAUUUAGAAGUAAGGGUAUUAAUAAACAUUAAUAAAAAAAACCACAACUUUAAUACUCUUACAGGUAUCGUUAUCAAGCAAUGGUCAAGUGUUUUUGUCUAUUAGUAGUAUUUAUUCUCUUUUAGAAAGGUUUGAAUAUUUGUAUAAUCAACCCAAUACAGAGCUCAUUUACCAACGUUUAUUUAAACGAUUUGUUUCAAACUCCUAUUAUAUUCGUGACAUGAUAAAUGAGCUUCUCUUUUAAAUUUGACAAUAAAUGCAUUAUAUAUGCGUAAAAUAUAUAUAUAUAUGUUUUUGAAUGGUUUUCUUAUUGUCUGACAUCAUGAAUAAUGAAAAAAAUGUUCAACAAGUCAUUUUAGAUGGAUAAGCAUUCGCACUAGAUGAAUUUUAAUAAAGCUAUUCAUGUGAAAUAACAAAGACAACAUCAGUUUGCUUUAAAUAUUUUUCUAAAUGUAGACGAUGAGUGGAGAUUGAUGUUUCAGAUUGAUAAUUUAAUAGACAUAUUCAGACGUAAACAGAUACAUGAAAUAUAAUUUGGGUUUAAGUGCCCCCUUUGGGUAUUAUAUGUAUUACAUUUGGAAAUAGAAUUAUUGAUCAAA